GUUUUGUCUGUCAUUUCAGGUAUUGAAGGUGUGCGAUGAUGAUGUCUGAAAAUUGUAUGUUGUAGGACAGCUGGAAUUUGAUUUGUAUACAGCUGCGAUAGAGUAUUUGGCACCGCAUCAGUAUAGGCAGUGAUUGAUUGAAAUAUGGCGUUAUUGUGUUGUACAAAAUCCUGUGUGAAGAAUCUGAAGAAAUUAUCUUAUAAUUUCAACUUGACGCUACGUUCUAGCAAGAAAAAUUACUCAAAUUUAGUAGCAUGUCGAUGCUUAACAUCUAAUUUAUUUUCAGAUGUUUAUAGAGCGAAUUACAUAGAUUUUAGGUCUCUGUUCUUGUCUUGCCCUCUGAUGAAAAAAGCUCGCGUGUCUAUAACAUUUAUGAAAGAUGGUAAAAAAUAUACUGGAAUAGGUAAAGAAGGAGAAUCCCUUCUAGAUGUUGUUGUCAAUAAUGAUCUUGAUAUUGAGGGAUAUGGGGCAUGUGAAGGCACUCUUUCAUGUUCAACAUGCCAUGUUAUUUUUAAGCCAGAAGAUUUUGCCCAAAUCCCAGAUAAAGCUACUGAUGAAGAAUUGGAUAUGCUAGAUUUAGCACCAGAUUAUUGUGAGACGUCACGUUUGGGAUGUCAGAUAUCAAUCACAAAAGAUAUGGAAGGAUUAACUGUUACAGUUCCUGCAGCUGUAAGGGAUUUAAGAGAAUUUCCACCAGGAACUGACGCCAGCAAAGCUUAACUAUUUUUUAAAUUAUCAAAGAUCUGCCUUUUUUGGCCAAUUUUCACAUCUGGCCACUUUAUGAACAUAACAAAAAUUUUCAGUAAUACAUGAAACUGGAAGUAUAAGUUUUAUAAACAGUAUUGCUUAUAAUUUUACUUUUUUCUUUUUAAAUAUUGCAACAUAUGUUGUUUAUUAACGUUCGUAAAUAAAAGUUUAGUUCUGUCACAGAAAA